GUCACAUAAGAAUAGCAUGUUUGUUUUUUUAUUUAUUUAUUUUAUAAAAGACAUGCCGUUUUCAGAAUAAAUUCAUUAAAAAAGACACCAAAAGAAGGAAAAAAUGGAAGCAUUUUUCUCUUUGAACAUUACGUGAAGACAUUUUUUCCCCCUUCACGAUCAAUGUCUAAAGCAGUCAAAGAGACGUUCGCGCAAGCGUACUACAGACUAUCACAUCAUAAUAAAGAUGUUCAUGUCUGCUUAUGUAAGGAGGCAGCGAGUGGGAAGAGUUUGACAUCCACGUGUAAAACAGCCGACGAUUUGGACAAAAGGAUGAAGGUGAUUGUGCGCGCUGUGACCAGUGACGCGAGCGUUGCCGUCUCGCUGGUCCAGUCACUGCUGCACCCUUUAAGCGAGCCGUUAACGCAUCAGGUGACCAUAUGGAAAGAUGAAAACAACCUCGACCUGCUCCAUCACGCCAUCAUCAAUAAAAAACACGAAUUGAUCGACCACUUGCUGUCGAGUACAUCGCUCUUCCCCCAGUCCUACAUCCCUCCCGCUAACCCGUACGCGCAUCUUGCCGCCAUGCUGGGCUACAAGGACUGCCUACGGGUCAUUCUACGCCACAGACCAAACGAUUUUUUUAAAGUUACCAACCCGCACCAAAGGAUGAUACUUCCGGAGCACAUCCUCAGGGGCGUCAAGCACCACCUGGGCGGCAGAAUCGAAGCCAAGAUGAAUCUGCUGCUGCAGAAGAUCAAGACUUUGACGCAGAGUGCGAGCCUGUUGGAGAUCGCGAAGAACACAUCUUUAUCGCUACUGCUUGAGGAGGAUGGCAAGACGGUUCAGAGAAGACGGAGGGGUCGGCUCCCGCCACUAGUGAAACCACCGGGCAGUGACGAAGAGACGGAGCAGAAACAGCCGGUCCCCCCCGUGGCAGUGAGAAGUAAUCGAACAGAGCAAAAAGACCGAAAGGUGAAAUCGCCGCCGCACACGAAACACGUCCAGAAGGUACCGGAUGCAGUCGAGAAAAAGCAAAGGACCGUGACCCCCCUCCCGAUCGUGGUGGAGGCGGUGAAGAAACAUAUGAGUGGCCAACACGUCAUCACGGUUUCCUGGGACGUGCUGUCCGCCGAAAAUCACGGCGUCAUCAGGGGGGCGGGAUUCCCGGUAAAGGUCAAUUUCAACGGAGACGCCAGUUCGUCCCGGCCGGGAGUCACGCUGGAGAAAAUCCCAACAAGUCUGAAGAGUUUCAAGAGGUGUCUGUCGCCGUGUUAUAAACACGAUGAAGUGAGGGUGACCUGCUCACAGUUGAAACGAACAGCCGUGGUCCAGCUCAAGCACAGGUAUUCAACGGCAAGCUCCGAUUCUGACCUCUCGGCGAAGGCGAAGAAGGUCAUUGAGCUGGGAGUCCGGGGUAACAAGAAAUACAAAUCGUUCAAACCGAAACUGGAGCAGAGAAUGCACGACAGCGAGGACAGUACCUUCAGCGCUUACAACAAAACUCCGCUGACGCUCGCGUCAGAGUUCGGCCACUUGGACUGCGUCUUGUUCAUCCUGGAACAUACCAUACAGAAGCGCGCCCCGCAGUUGAAUAUCAACAACCCUCUCACGCUGGCGAUACAGGCGCGAAACCCACAAGCGGUCUUGCUGCUCCUGAACAGCAAGUGGUCCCAGGGGGAUUUUCAGUGCGCCGUUCUGUUGUCCAUCAGAGAAUUGUAUCCCGAAGGUCUGGCGGCCCUCCUGUCCGAGAAAAAGAAAAAAUCCGGUGCGCUGAUUGGCGGGGCGAACCUCUUCCACUUGCUGUACACGCAGAGCCUCGUGGAUCUCCGGUACGAGAUGAUGCCGGAAAUGACGCGCGUCCUCAUCAACUGCAAAGAGGACGUCAACGCCCACAACAUACCCCGCACCUACCCCCUGUACACGCUGAUCUGCUGCGCCUUCAACGUUGUGGACGUUAAGAAGCUUGUGUACUUUAUUGAAUGCAUGAAAAUGCUGCUGGAGGCCAGGGCCAACCCGCACUUCUACGAGGAAGGAAACCAGGGCGAUUUUACCAAAACGGAAUUCAGCAGAAAGGGAUUCUCGUCGGCUAUGAAUUGCAUUUUUGACAGUGCCAAGAGCUCCAUCGAGUACUUUGAGAACCGUAAUUGGUCAAGGCUUCUUUUGAAGAAAUUCGUCGCCACUGUGGAGAAAUACGACCAAUCUAACAGACGCAUACUCAAAUACGAUUUGUUCAACUACAUACGAAUUAUCUCCUGCACAAUUGGCGUUGACCUCUCAGUCAUCAAAUCACUGCUGAGGUUCGGAGCUGACCCGGACGUCAAAGAAAGCAACAAGUACUCGAUCAACGUCUAUUUCGACCUGAUCCUUCCCUACCUGACAAAGUUCGAGGUCAUCGACUCCUACGAUCGCUACCUGAAGGAGCUCUCCGACUUGAUGUUCAUCUGCCACGGCAUGUCUUAUACAUGUCUGCGGGAGGCCCUGGACAUUUUCCUGAACGAGCACCUUCUGAACCCCCCGAUCCAAGCCCUACCCGUGUGCCGCUUGUUCUCCUACCUCAUGCACAAUAUGGUGAAAUCGCCGCGACCGCUGACAGAGAUAACAUCCAACGCCAUCUGGAUUCUCCUGAACAGAAACAGAAAGAGGGCGCUCAUGCUACCGAUUCCCAGUGACCUGUUGGCUUACGUAAUUCCAUAAUACAAAUUUAACUGCCGUUCCUUU